UGAUGAAUGGUUUGCACUCACAUAUCAAACAAUACCCGAACGUAACGCUCGACACGUGUGGUAUCGGCAGACAGUCAUUGUUGAUGACCGGUCAGUGUCUACACUAUAGUAUGACUGAAAAUAUCCAAAACGGACGGUUAGCCGAACCGGGAGAGUGGCCGUGGAUUGCAUUGAUUUUAAUGAAAAAAUAUUUUGUAAAUCAAACUAUAGAAAAAAGUUCAAAAUGCACUGGUGUUGUAUUAAAUGCCAAUUGGAUAUUAACUAAUGCACACUGUAUUAGAUCUAAUCAUACGAUAACUGUGCGCACAGUUUACGAUUGGAGACAUGAAGGACAUACAUACGGUAUGAGCCAAUCGUUUAUUCAUCCGGACUUUCAAAAAACUGGUGCUAAACAACCUGACCAUAGAUAUGACAUUGCAUUAGUAAAACUGGUUCAACAGAUACCCAUAUCAAACACUGUCAUAACAACAACAAGUAGUGGUAAUCAAUAUUCACUGAUAAACGGUAUUUGUUUGCCGGACAUUGAUUUGAUUAACACGGAUAAUGAGUUGGCAUUGAUUGCCGGUUUCGGUUAUAUUGAUGAAGGGGUCGACAAUUAUGGACCACUGAUGAUGGGUUCGCUGAUGAUUGCCAAACCUGUCUAUAAUAAAAUCGAUGCAAUGGGUAAUUGGAUAUUAGGAUACAGGCAUCCAUUAGAAGAUACAAGUGCUGCUGUUUGUAGGGGUGAUUCUGGCGGACCAUUGGUCCAGUAUGUCGGGAGUCGGGCCGUACUUAUUGGUCUACAAUGGGCUUCCGUAAGAAAGGGUGAUUGUCAAAGUAAAAACCCAUCAAAACGUAUGAGUUUUAUGAGAGGUGAUUCUGGUGGACCAUUGAUCUAUUAUGUGGACGGCGGGGGUCGGGCCGUACUUAUUGGCUUACUUUAG